CGCCCAAGCCCUAUAGUUUAAUCUUAGUUUCAGUUUUUGUUUACGAAAAUAUCCUUGGUGAAUUCCUCAUUGACUAGCUGAUGAACAGAGCCAUACCGCACUGCAAAUAAUAGUCUAACUCGGAGCCUUACUCGUUUUUUAACUUUUGUUUGUUGCCCUGUCUAAAUUAUGAAAAUUUGACAUUAGCCUACAUCACCUUAGACUUUUAACUCCACUGCAACAUCCACUAGCUAUGGCAAGAACAGCAACUGUAAAUACCACGACUUGCGUUGAACCGGCGAUGCCCUCAGACCAGACAGGAGAACCGUGACUGAGAACAUAACACACGUCGGGAAGCGUAAAGACUGCACUAGGCUGGCUGCAAUUUGACAGAUGAGCUGCAGAUUUGACAGUGCACAAGCAACAUUUUUUUAACUAUAGCCUACCAUCACUCGAUCAUUGGUGUUAAUUUAUCUGACGUGCCGGAACGUUCCAGCACACUUUAACCCCCGAGUGUAACGUACAAUACAAAGAGACGUUCCUAUUAAUUUAAAAUCCCAAAAAUGGCGGUGGGAAGAGCUUUACUGUUUACUCAAGAGCAAUCAAUAGUUGCCAGGGCAACUCUUACACGUCACUAUGGAAUGUUCGUGGAUGACGUCACUCUGGGCUGCUAUAAAAGCUGAUUUGGAAUUGAAAAUUUUUAUUUCAUCGUUGCUUGUUAUGCGAGUAAUAUCAGUAAGUGAAUAUCUGUCUGAACGAGUACGAAAAUCUUGCUUAAUCGUCUUUUCAAAAAAGACCAGAAAUUCAGUUUGAAAAUAUCAAACGGCUCAAGAGCGAUCUCUCUCAGAACUGUGUAAACGAGAACUGUUGAAAAUCUCUGUAGAACAAGAGUUCUCCUUUAGGAUCAGAGAUGACUUUUAACAAGAAUACAUCUUUUUCAUCAUCAUCUUCAUCGUCCUCAGUUGUGGAUGAAAUGUCAGAGAUGUCGCUGAGGAACACAUCUCUGGACUCAUCCGAUGAGGAUGUUUCCUCCAGUCACUGUACUGACAGGCUUGUGAAACAUCAACUGCUGAUGAACAAAUUCCUGGACCUUCAGUACAGAGCCCGAGAGCGCCAGGAGGAGUUUCAGUCACUGCUGGAGCGAUUUAACUAUAUACAGGAAUCGCUAGAAUGGGAGAUUGAAAAAGUGGAGAAAUCCAUGUUCAGCAUGGAGUGGCUGGAGGACUUGCAGAAGAUCAUUGAUGAGUUCCAGGCCAAUAUGGCAAACAAUGUGAGCCGCCUUCGAGAGAGCUUCAGAAAAAUGCAGGAGGUUGCCUCGAAAAAAGUUCUGACCGUGAAGGCAAAAGGUAAACCAGGAAAAGAUCUGGAUGCCAAAGUAGUUAAAAGCAUUCAGUCUCUGCCGACUUGUCCCACGGUAGCAGAAUUGAAGGCAAAUUCAACCGCUGCAUCAACAUACUCAUCAAAUCUUAUCAUCGCCUUGAAUAGCAUCACCAAAUCAUCCUCCUGCAGUCCAGCCACAAGCAAGGCACUAAAACUAUCAGCAGCGACCAUUGAAAACCUCAACAAGGCAUUUCAAGAUCACUGCUUGGAAAUUAAGACUCUCAAGACACCUAAAAAAAAAAGCAAGGUGGUUCAAGAUGUGAACAGAGACGUCUUAGUUUCUCCCGUGCACCAAAGUGGAUCUGCAGGUCAGCAGCAGAAGGUGAAAAAACUGCCUGCCUUUCCUGUGAAACCCAAGGCAGAUGAUUUUGGUUUCCCUCAGGUCAAAGAGCUUGUACGGGAGACAAAUGUUGAAGUGUUGCCACUAGAUAGACCAGUGAUAACAUUAGACACAGCUCCAAAAGACCUCCAGAGUCCGUCUGCUGAUGACCCGUCUCCUCCUGGCCUUGCCAGGACUUUUGCUUUCCCCAAGAUCACACGAUCUGUCGAGGAGACAAAAGUUUCCACAGAGCAAAAGGCAAAUGUCAAAUCAUCUGAAGAGACACAAGCUGAUGCAGAGACGAUGGAGAGAACAGAGACAUCAUUUGAAGAGACGAUGGCUCAGAAAAACCUUCAGUGUCCAUUUCCUCCUAGCUUCCAACGUCCGUCCCCCGUCAGAUCUUCUGCUCUUCCUCAGAUUUUGCAGUCUGUGGAGGAACCAGAAGUUGAUACGGAGACGAUGGAGAGAACAGAGACACCAUUUGAAGAGACAAUGGUUCAGGAAGACCACCAAAGUCCAUUUCCUCAUGCCUUCCAUCAUCCAUCCCCCGUCAGAUCUUCUGCUCUUCCUCAGAUUUUGCAGUCUGUGGAGGAACCAGAAGUUGAUACGGAGACAAUGGAGAGAACAGAGACACCAUUUGAAGAGACAAUGGUUCAGGAAGACCACCAAAGUCCAUUUCCUCAUAGCUUCCGUCCUCCAUCCCUUGUCAGAUCUUUUGCUCUUUCUCAGAUUUCACAGUCUGUAGAGGAGACAAAAAUUUGUGCUAUGUCAGCGGUAGAACGUCAAAGUCUGUCUUCUGUCCACACCCAUCCUUCCUCGUCUGUAAAACUGCCCAAAAUUCAGACUCAAGCAAAGCCGUCACUUCAGAAGUCUGAGAAACCUGAGACUCACAAAUAUGAUUCCGCAGUCUCGGGCAGCAUUGAGGAGCAGUACAUGAAGAACAGCGAGGAGGACGGAGACAAACUGCUUCAUGCUAGCAUGAAAGACCCAUCGUUCAUAAUUGACAUCAAAGCUCAAGAAAACAACCUCCAGCAGCUGGAUCGAGCUUUUCAAAAUAACAACAUUUCCUCUGAAAUGUACAACCUGUGCAGAGGAACCGUCAAUCAGACACUUAAGAGUGUUGAGCUGCGUCUUGGAUGUCUUUUACGGAGAUACAUCAAACAUGUCCAAAUGAAGCAAUUAAGGAAGACGCUCGAUGGAAAUUUCAAGGCCACCAGAAAUUUAAGGGAUGGACUGGAGUUCAAAAAAGUCCAUUCUCAGCUCUGCAAGUUUGACCGUUUCCAGCAGAGUGUGAACAAAAUCUGGGACGCCAAGCAAGCCUCCACUGAUGAGACGCGAGAACUCUGCAUCGCACGGACGGCCCAUUUAUACCAGCAGGUGAACGCGGUGCAUGGCCUACAUCUGACAGGCAUAUCAUUUGUGCAAAGGCAUGUAUCACUGCCUCUGCUCACUGUGACACCCGUGCGGUUCAGCUCCAAUUUGUGUCCAUCUCCUCCUCGUGGACCACGAACUUCACCCAGCAGAGCCAGUCCAGCACGCCAUCCUCAAAUCCACCCCAAACCUCUGCACCACACGACCAGGAACACACCAGGCAGUUUCCUGAAGAUCAGUCACAUUCAAUAAUGAUGGCCAGUGUCAACAUAAUGGCUUGUAUCUGAACCCAAGAACAGAUUAUUGAAAUGUCACAAAAUUAAAACAAAAGCGAGGACGCAUCAGGAACAGACUCUGGAAAAACAGAAGCACCGGCCUGUAGACAUAGGAAGAUGAAUAUAAAUAUAAAGAUUGGUUAACCCAUAUUAGUGAUUUCAAGCUUCGCCAGAGUCAAAUAGCCAAUGUUAUAUUAAGGAAGAGCUAUGUCUUAAUCAGUGUAUAUUUUUGUUUAAGCUUAUAUUGUAAUAAAUGUGUGAAAAAAUGAAUAAUAAAAAUGAUAAAUAAUAAAGAUA